GCCGCUCGUUAUCCGCGAUUGAAACCGAAACAAAAAGGAAACAACAAACGCCGCUGCUCUCCUCCGAGCCAGGGGGCCCCUGGUGCUCGACGUCGUCCCUCCCAGCCAGCCGCAUGAGCAUCCCGCCCUCGCCUGCGUUCCCUCGAGCGCCUCCCGCUGCUGCCGUGCAACGGCCUGGACGGGAGGGCGACACAGUUCGUGUCGGCCUCGAUUGGCUGUCAGCGCAUCGCCCGACACCAACCAGGAGCAAGCACGUCUGAUUCUUCGCCCAACGCUUUGUCGCCAAAUACGAGGUCCCGGAGCCGCUCGCCAUUGCCGACGUCACGUCGCGGCCUCAGUCGAGGGAGAAGGGGUAGGCGCGGUGCAUUCGACGUCUUCUUUUGGCUACCAGCGUUGUGGAGGCGUCGUGUAAGUAGGUUGUGGAUCUCGACGCGUCGACGCAACAGCCUCGCCGCGAUCUGCCCCACGGCCGAGGCCCUUGCAUCAUGCCGGCUCUGCAGAGGACAAACUCGUGCACGGACAUCGGCUUCACCCUUCGGAGACAGUUUCAGAAGGAUGCGUUCCGGUUAGUUUUGUUCUGACCCUCCACAGACGCCCGUGAAGCUGGCUUACACUGUAUUCUCGCAAGGCCGCAUCAGCGAGAAAUCAUCGAGGCGGCGCUCAGUGGCCACGAUGUGUAUGUGCAGGCGGCUACCUCUUUCGGCAAGAGCCUAUGCUUUCAGCUUCCAGCCGUCGUGGAUCAGGGCAGCAAGUGGCAUCCAUUCCUCUGUAUCGUCAGAAGAGUCAAGGGGCUGACUCCUACAUUACCACAGUCACAAUCGUUGUGUCGCCGUUAUUAAGUCUGAUGAUUAACCAAGUGGCGGCCUUGCGGGCGUCAGGCGUCGAUGCGAGCUCUCUCAACGGCGAUACGCCGCGCGACGAAAAAUUUCGAAUCCAUCGUGACCUCGAGACGGGCCACCCAAGGACUCGUCUUUUGUAUGUGACACCUGAACUGUGCUCUCGCCCUGAAUUCCGCGAGCGCCUCAAGCUAGUUUACACGCAGAAGGAACUGGCCAGAAUCGCUAUUGACGAGGCUCACUGCAUUUCGGAAUGGGGCCAUGACUUCCGCAAAGACUUUAAGCGGCUGUCGUGGUUUCGAGAGACCUUCCCAGAUGUUCCCAUAAUGUGUCUCACGGCGACCGCAAACCCGCAGGUACGUCAGGAUGUUCUCGGCACGUUGCGCCUCGACACGACGCCUGAGCGCAUAAAGACCUUUCUCAUGAGCCCGCAGCGCGGCAACCUCCAUCUUGAGAUUCGGUAUACCCGAGAUGAGGAAGACAAUAGAUUAUCGGAUUUCCUGCGUUGGAUACGUGGCGUAUAUGAGCGGCGGCGGGCCGAGGCUCGACGGGCAGAGCUGGCUCAGGUGGGUGAACGGGCAGACAGCGUGCCUGGCAUUAUCUACACAAUAUCCCGAGAUGAAUGCGAAUCGCUGUCGGCUGCGCUGCGCCACGAAGGGGUCGGAGCUCGUCCGUUUCAUGCAAAGCUGCCGAAGGAAGUCAAGGAGCAGACGCUUGCCCGGUGGAUCAGGAACGAGCCUGGAUACGAUAUCAUCGUGGCUACGACGGCGUUCGGAAUGGGCAUCGACAAGAACAACGUGCGAUUCGUCGUGCACUGGCGCAUACCAAAGUCGUUUGAGGGCUAUUACCAAGAGGCCGGCAGGGCUGGUCGAGACGGCAACGCCAGCUAUUGCUUCUUGUACUACAGCCGCGAGGACCUGGAGCGGGUGACGCGCAUGAUUCGCGGCGAUUCCAAGGACGGGUCGAAUCAGGAAGCGCGGCUGCGAAGCCUCCACUCGCUGGCGCUGUAUUGCGAAGACACGGACACGUGCCGGCACGCGGCGAUCUGCAAAUACUUUGGCGAAUCGGCAGUGCCCGACUGUGAUUUUGCCUGCGACUGGCACAAGGAUCCAGACGACCUCGAGAAGAGGUUCGUGCGUGGCCUGGCGACGGAGGAGUGGGUGAGCACGCAGGCGAUGCAAGGCACGUACGACGGAUACUAUGACGAAUGACGAUUUGUUAUGCCGAAGCCUUGCAGCGUGAGACGCCGAGGCACAUGAGUGCGUAUGAGUGCGGUAAGAAGGUCAGCCCAAUGUUAUAUAGAACGAAUAGUGCUGCUCGCACAGAUAGAAAGUGCUGGCCGCACCGAUAUUCCAUAUCUUUCUGACU